AUGCAAUUCUUAACUUCCGCUUUAGUUUUAUUAUUAUCAGUCGGUGCUUUAGCCAAAAACAUUUUGUUGACCAAUGAUGAUGGUUGGCAAGCUACCAACAUCAGAGCAACUUACUACAAAUUGAAAGAAGCUGGUCACAAUGUUUUCUUGGUUGCUCCAGUUUCUCAAAGAUCUGGUUUCAGUGGUAAAUUUGAUAUUCCAACUUCCCCAACUUUACAAACCAAUGGUGAAUUCAACUACCCACCUGCUGGUGCUCCAUCUUGGGGCCACGAAGUCGACGAUGACCAUAUUUGGUAUUUCAAUGGUACUCCAGCUUCAUCUGCUGUUUUCGGUAUCAAUUACGUUAUUCCAAAUUACGGUGAUAAUGUUACUAUUGAUUUGGUUGUUUCUGGUCCCAACGAAGGUACUAACAUGUCCCCAGGUUUAUUCACCAUUUCCGGUACUGUUGGUGCUACUUAUACCAGUAUCUACAGAGGUAUUCCAGGUGUUGCUUUCUCUGGUUCCAACUCCAACAACUCCUUCUUCAAAGAUAGCUUGGAUUUGAAAGAUGACAAAGAACCAUCCACCAUUUACGCCAACAAGAUUGUUGAAUUUGUCACUCAAUUAUUCAAAGCUCAAGGUAACAACCCAAGAGCUCUUGGUCUUGGUGUUGGUUUGAAUGUCAACUUCCCAAAAGUCGGUUACGAAAAUGAAACUUGUACUAAUCCAAAAUGGGUUUUCACUAGAUUGACUGGUCAAUAUGCUGCUGGUGCCAACUUGGUUUACAAUGAAACCUCUAAGUCAUUUACCUGGGGCCAAAAAAGUUGGGAUGGUCUUACUGUUUGUAACAACGGUGACUGUUCAUUACCAUCUGAAAACUUUAUUAUUGAACACACCAACUGUCAAUCUUCAGUCUCUGUUUUCUCAGUUGACUACGAUGCCAACUUGGGCUUAACUUCUCAAGUUAAGCAAUUAUUAAACCCACUUUUUUAA